ACAGUCACACCUCUUGUUUCUCCUGUCUCAAUAUGUAGUAGCUGAGGUUAUGUUGGCUUAUGUAAAUACCACAAUUAUAUACGAGUACGAGGAAGAGGAUGUCGCAAUCUGUAAUGAAAGGUGUAUGGCAGUCAUUCCAGAAAGACAACAUGAGGAAGUACGAGGACUCUUUCAGACUGUGGAGUGAUUGGCAACUAUGGGGUCCUUCUCCCAUCUCCUCAUUUGUCUCUGGCUGAUGAUGCCUUUCAGUGCGGCAUUUUUAGACUUUUCUGCCUGUGUUUUCCCUUUUAUCUAUAAAAACAAAACAUACCCAACCUGCACCAAGGAUGGAUCCAGAACAGACCAGUUAUGGUGUGCCACUACAAGUAACUAUGAUAAAGGGCACUGGUGGAAACCUUGUUAUGAGAAAGAACAUGGUGGGAACACAGAUGGACAACCCUGUGUGUUCCCUUUUGUUUAUAAGGGACGGAAGUUUUAUACCUGCACAGAUGAGCAUGUGAGGCCACGGAUGUUCUGGUGUGCUACAACAAACAACUAUGAUAAAGACAGAAAAUGGAGCUACUGUGCAGAUACCAUACUUAUCAAGAAGCCAAGUCAUGAUGCAACUUAAGAAAGGACUAACUGUGACCCUUCAGGUGUGAACUGCCACUAUGGCCAAAAAAGAACAGGAAAAUCAAACAGCACUCACUGAAUUCUUACUGCUGGGAUUUGGAGAUAUUGGAAACUGGUGGCUUCUUCUAUUCUUCCUCUUCCUCCUGAUUUAUAUUGUGACCAUGAUUGGUAAUAUUCUCAUUAUUGUGCUGGUUGUGGUUGAUCGGCACCUCCACACUCCUAUGUACUUCUUCCUGGGUAACCUGUCCUGUCUGGAGACUUGCUACAGCUCCAAUAUCCUUCCCCUGAUGCUGGUUAACCUUCUCAAUGGAGGUCAAGGAACCAUCUCAGUCACUAGCUGCAUGAUCCAAUAUUACUUUUUUGGUUUCUUGGCAGUUUCUGAAUGCUAUCUUCUAGCUGCAAUGUCCUAUGAUAGAUAUGUGGCUAUAUGUAAGCCAUUGCUCUAUUCAGCACUAAUGAGUGACAGAGUUUGCUUCCAGUUGGUAGCUGGAUCUUGGAUUUGUGGUUCAUUGGCUAUUAACAUAACUAUAUAUUUAAUGAGCCAGUUACAAUUCUGUGACUCUGGUAAAAUCAACCAUUUCUUUUGUGAUUUCAACCCAAUAUUAAAGAUGUCCUGUAGUGACACACACAUGAUUAAGCUUUUAACUACUCUUCUAGCUGCUGUAUGUUCCCUUCCUCCUUUCUUGUUGACCUUGGCAUCUUAUGUUUAUAUCAUAUCUACCAUCAUGGGUAUCCCAUCCAUAAGUGGGAGGCAAAAAGCCUUUUCAACCUGCUCCUCACACUUGAUUGUGGUAUCUACCUUCUACGGCACCAUAAUGAUUGUCUACAUGUUGCCCAAAACAGAUGCACUGCGAGAUCUCAACAAAAUCUUCUCUCUUUUCUACACAGUCCUGACACCUUUGUUCAACCCCCUGAUAUACAGUUUGAGAAAUAGGGAGGUUAAGGAGGCCCUCAAGAAAGUUGUCGUUAAAUUGUGUGCAUCUGAAUGCAUGCAGGGUUGUGUGUUAAUAAACUUUUUAAUUUAGUUCCAGCUUUGU